AUGACGAUUCCAGUAGUCACCACUGAUCGUGGUCGCUUUCACAUCGCAAUUGGUGGCUGCUCCUUUUACACUCAGUAUGCAUCUAUUUACCUUUCACGGCUGAAAAUUGCUCAUUGUCGCCUCGAAAACCAGGCACGUCGUCGUUGGCCUGAGCUGCCAAUUCGAUCGGUGCCAGAUGUUAAGGUUGAUGAAGAGUGUAUCAUUAUCGGUACCAUAUUUAGAUCAAGCGCACAAAAGCCGAGCAUAAUGAGACAGCUGACGCUGCUGGAACAAGUAGGUGGACGUCUGGAACUCGAAGAACAAGAGCGACAGCAUUAUUUAACACGUAUAGCAAGCAGCGAUGACGAAAUGUUCCUCGAGGACGAAGUCCAGCGCAUUACUCUUGUCGCCUCCCCCCAUACGGACGCCUUAGAUCGCCUUCCAACAGGGGUUGUCACUUGUCUGCGCGGUUUUGAGCCUGCACGAUCCGAAGGAACAUUCACAGUUCUUGAGCUCGCCUUUCUAGAGCCACAACCAAUGAGACCGAUUGCGGCAGCAAAUGUUGAUUCACCUUGUCCGCCUUUGCUGAACAGUAGCGGUCGUUGGGUUGGAUUUGUCUCGGGCCUCGGUUUUGCUGCGUCGGCCGAGGUGGCAAACAAUGGAACCUCUCACGGGCAUGCUCUGGCGCUGCGUCUCCUUGGUGAUUGGUUGAGGAAGAUGCCUUUGUGCCGUCUGUUCGUUCUCGGGGAUUGCAUUCGCUCGACUGAUCCUGGCGGCUUGGAGACUCUUGGAGUGGUUCAACAUGCCCGUUUUCUGAGCCGCAGGGCGGAUGCCGAUUCUGUGAUGGCAAUGGGUAUGUUUGACGCCUGGCUCUCUGAACUGCCCCUCGGUGGCGGGGGUGGAGGUGGUGGUUUCAGCGUAGAACUGCUCCCAGGCGUCGCGGACUGUGUCUCCCAACUUCUACCUCAACAGCCCUUCCAUCCUCUUCUCUUCCCUCGUACUACCUCCCGCUUUGGCCGAGGGGAAGGGGCCCUCGUUAGCUCGACUAAUCCCUGCUACUCCGAGGUUCAUUCACGUCGCAUUCUUGCUACUUCAGGGCAGAAUGUCAUUGAUGUCCAUAAAUAUACCAUCGUCGGCGAUACGCUAGACUGCAUGGAAUCCCUAUUGCACUGGGGCCACAUAGCUCCAACCUGUCCAGACACACUCUUUGCUUAUCCCCAAAUGGACACGGAUACCCUGCUAUUUAGUGUGGACCCGAAAACGGGCGUUUCAAUUGACUAUCCGGACAUCUUUGUGGCGGGAAACCAGCAGGCUGCGCAAUUUCGGCGCGCCUCCUUAGAACUUUGGAAUGUUUCGGAGGGGGAACGGAAGGGCGCAUUACUCAUCGCAGUGCCUCGUUUUGAUGUGUCGUACACGAUGGUUCUGUUGGAACUGGAAACGCUGAGAUGUGUUCCGCUGAGGUUUGAUCUGUCGCGGACCGAAUAG